AUGGAGUGUUCACAAAAUGUAAACCUUAAACAACGCCCGGAAGAUCCGCCCUUAGACACAGACACAGAUAUUGAUUUGGGCACACCCGGGCCUGUUGAUUUCACUUCGGUCAUGUUCUUGUCCACUGGAGGCGCGACAAUAUCUGCUAAGGAAACAUCGACACAAACAAAGACGGCUUCAAGGAAAACAGGAAAAACAGCAACGUGGGAGGGAUACACACCCUUUGCCAAGCGUCUCUUUUGGACAAUUAUCUUCCCCAUCGUUUUUAGUAUAUACCUAUCAAGCGGACUAGUAUUGUAUACAGCCACAAUCAAAGGUUGGGCACGCAAGGAUGCUGUCGCUGUCACGCUCGUAUCGAUCGCCGCGUCGCUUAGUCUACUUGUGACUCUCUGGUCUGGGAUUGUUGCGUAUCGUUUGCGUAAACAUCCGGUGGUGUUGAACAGGGGUCGGGUGUUUAUCGCACAAGUACUUGCUUCGAAUAUUGUAAGCAUCCCAGUAUUUUGUGCAUACGUUCUGACGGAUACAGGAAUCUUCACCCCUACCAAUCUGGGAAGGGCGGGAAUGGACAUCUGUUUAAACCUGACCACAUUUCUCUAUUUCUCUGCAGUCGUGGGACGACAACGUCAGAUGGUAUAUCUGUUUUGUAACCCCAAUCUGAGCCAAACUCCAAAGAACACGUACAGAAACACGGUUCUGUGUAUAGGAGCCAUGUACAUAGUUACCACGAUUGCAAGCUUGGUAUCUGUCCUGAUGUUGAACCUUCGAAUUCAUCAUGCUCCGAUGGCCGUGGCGCACGCUAUUUGCAAUUUUGCUUGGAUUAAGUAUGCUUAUCAAUCACGACACGCUAGUGCUCAAUUUUCCGAUUUCCAUCAGAUCCGACGCUUACUUGCCAUCAAUACCGUGACAGUGAUUAUCUUACACAGCUGGGGAAUCUGGCAAUUGCCAGCAUUCAUCGUGCAGAGCUUUAUGGUUCUUGCGCUUAUGGUCUUAUUCCUGCUGGACUCGUACCUUUCGCUGUUCUACUUUAUACGAUACAAACUGGAUCCCCGAUUCGAGCGCGAGGUGACUUUCAGUCCCUCCACAGGAAGUUCCUCGCCACAAGUAAGGGUAACAACAACAGUAGCGUGCGUGCAAACACAGACCAGCCCGGCACAGCGUACAGUUUCUAAUUUAUCCCAGGGCUCCAACUUGGAUGUAAAGCGUCUCUCAAAUGAUCAACAUACUGUCAUUGUGUAAACGUGCACUUGACUUUACAUCGCUUCGG